AACAUCAAAAUCUGGUAAAAUGACAUCAGUAUGCCGCCGCCGCCACCGCCGCCCAGCAUCGUCGUUUUCGCUCGGCGUCGCAUGGCGUCAUCAUCGUUGUCAUCAUUGCCGCCGCCGCCGCCGCCGCCGCCGCCGCCACCGAUCGGCGUCAUCGUCUUCGCCCGACAUCGCCUGGCGUCAUCAUCAUCGUUAUCAUCGAUGUCGUCGCCGCCGUCACCGCCCAACGUCGUCGUUUUCGCUCGGCGUCGCCUAAUGUUAUCGUCGUCGUCAUCGUUGUAA